AUGUCGUUAUUCUGCCCUACGUGUGCCAACGGGCUGUUGAUAAGCACCGAGGGAGAAGGAAACAAAUGGACCUGCCAAACUUGCCCUUACGAAUUUCCCAUCACCAAGCAAAUGACUACGAGGGUCAGGCUGAGACGUAAGCAGGUGGACGAUAUCAUGGGUGGAGAAGAUGCUUGGAAGAAUGUGGAUGCUACGGAUGCCCCUUGUCCAAAAUGCGAGAAUCCCAAAGCUUUCUUCCUGCAGAUUCAGAUCAGAUCAGCGGAUGAGCCAAUGACGACAUUCUAUAGAUGCACAGAGAGGACAUGUGGUCAUCAGGUGAGUCUUUGCGCAAGCGCGUGGGUUAGGGAAGGGAACAGGGGGCCAACAUCUGAUGAAACGCGAGGAAGUCGAGGCUGACUGAUACACGAUUCUCACAACGUCUUCGCGUAGUGGCGAGAAGGAUGAAUGGUGUGUGGCUUUGGUAGCUCAACCUCACUCGUCGAUCCUUCCGCUGCACGGCACCUUGAUUGCU